ACAUAACCGAAGAUACUAACGGCGUUCCAUAUGAGACAGCAUGCAAAAAACAUGUGUUGAUUUCGCGAGUGGUGGGCUUAGUCAGCUUGGGUAAUGUAAUCAUGAUGGAAGAAGAUUUUCCUCGAGGUAAAGUUAAAAAGAAGAGUGUGAAAUCUGAAGCACCAGAGCAUGUGAAGCCAGUUCAUCAUAAACAAUCUGAUUCUAAAGAUGUACUGUUCAAGGAUGCAAAACUUGGUCCAGAAAAGAAAAAGAAGGCAAGGAAAAGAAAAUCUGAAAAGAAGGUGGAAGAUGAAGUAUCAAAGAAACAGCACAGGGAAGAUGAAGACAGUUCAGCACUGCUUUCUACAAAAGAUAUCAUUAAACAUUUAUCAAUUAGGACAUUAACUGAUGAGACAUUGUUACUUGGUGCCGUAAGGGAAAUCCAUGAUAUUGAGUUGGUUAUUAGCCUUCCCAAUAAUCUCCAUGGUUACGUGCAGAUAACGGAUAUUAACGAUAAAUAUACUGAACGAAUUCGAGAAGAGCAACAAAAGGAAACAAAAGAGGUGGAGAGUGAAGAUGAUGACAACAAUGAUGAACAACAGGAGCUUCCGACACUUCAUGAGGCAUUCAGUAUUGGAGACAUUGUCAUCUGCAGAGUUAAAGAGUUGGUCAUGGUCAAAGGUCAUUCAAGAAUUCUUCUGACGCUUAAUCCUGCAGACAUCACCACCCACCUGUCUGCAGACAAUUUGAAAGAAUCAAUGGUGUUGCCAGGAAGUGUAUCCAGCAUAGAGGAUCAUGGGUUCAUGGUGGACGUUGGCAUUAGUGGCAUCAAGGCAUUUCUACAAACCAAGGAUGCUAAUCAGUUCAUUCACAAUCAAAACCAAGGCAAGAAUUUAUUCAUUGGGCAGUUACUUCAGUGCAUUAUUAAGGAAACCAAAUCUAACGGCAGAUCAUUACUCAUAACAAUCAAUCGCAAAUCUAUCCAAAAAUCACAAGCUCAGUCGGAGACCCACACCACACUUCAAAGUUUCAUGCCUGGAACGCGUUUGGAGGCCACUAUCACAUAUGUAGGUGAGAGUUACCUUGGCGCUGUUGUUCAUUCCACAUUCAAAGCCUCCAUCAUGGAAUUACACCUGAAAGAUUUGGCACAAUCUACAAGUGACUAUAGGAUAUCUGAUACGGUAUCGGCAUGUGUCCUGUUCAAUUGUCCAGUCACCAAGACGCUUGGUUUGACCCUCAAGUCUGAGUUCUCAGACCCAACUGCUAAGCUAAAGAAGAGUUUAUUUGGUGGUCUAGCAAUCGGCGAUUUUGCAGACAAGGCUAAAGUACGAAGUGUUAAGCAGAAAAGAGGGGUACUUGUUGACCUGAAGAAAGAUGUUCAAGGAUUGCUGAUGGCUACUCAGGUUGAUGACAAAGAGGUAACCAACCUAGAGGAGACAUUUAAGGAAGGUCAGGUCAUUAAAUGUCGUAUUACAGAUUUUAACUUUAUCGACAACCUGGCUCUUGUGUCGAUGAAGGCCGCCACUUUGGCUGAACGUUACUUACACUUAAAGGAUGUGGAACCAGGUGAUAGAGUAAAGGGAACCAUUACAGCUGUACAAGAAAAUGGCUUACAGGUAAAGAUCAGUGCCCACAUCAAAGGAUUUGUACCCAGAAGUCAUCUGGCUGAUGUACCCAUCCAGAACCCGCAUAAGAUAUUUAGCGAGACGGAUAAAAUUGCUCUUAGGGUAAUCCAUGUGAGUCCGCAACAAAACCGUCUUAUACUUACACACAAGAAGACCUUAGUCAAGUCCAAGCUGAACAUUAUCAGUGACUACAGCCAGUUUGAAGAAGGCAUGUAUGUUCAUGGAACGAUCGUAUCAAUCAAGAAGUUUGGCUGUGUUGUCAUGUUCUGCAAUGGAGUUAAAGGUUUGAUUCCAAGGUCAGAGUUAGCUAAUGAGCGUAUUGAGUUCCCUGAGAAGAUAUUUUAUGUGGGACAAGUUGUUAAAUGUCGGGUGAUAAAGACGCACGAACCGUCAAUGAAACGUGUUAUAUUGUCGCUACGAAGUGAUAAAGACAGACCAAGAAGGGAGAAAAAAGUGAAGACUGAGCCAAAAGUUGCAGUUGGAAAAAUCAUGAAAGUAACAGUUAUAUCAGCUACUCCUGAUGGCUUAAAUGUCAAAAUGGAGACUGAGGAAGAGGCUGUCAUUCCCACAAUGCAUCUGUCAGAUUAUACUAUGAACUGUGACCUAAUUCUGACUGCAGCUAGCCCAGGAGAUGAGAUGGAGGCGAUGAUGUUCAACAACAAAGGCCCCAAAGGCCAACAAAUACUGACUUGUAAACCUUCUCUGAUUGGAGUGUCCAACUCAGGGGAAAUACUCAAGGACUUCAGUGAACUGAAUCCAGGAAUGGAGAUGGUAGGCUGUCUCCGUAAUAUCAUGCCUUAUGGCUUGUUUGUAGAGUUCCUGAACAACCUAGUGGGCCUAGCACCGCUUAAGGAUAUUAGUGAUUCGUACACAUUGGAUCCCUCUAAGCUGUUUGCUAUUGGUCAGACCCUACAUGCCCAUGUCAAAGAGGUCAACGAGGAGAAGGAACGCUUUUUGGUGAGCUUAAGGCCUUCGGAGGUGUCCAUGGAUAUCACAGCAUUGGAUCUUCUUCGAGGCUUUUUGAAAGAACAGAGGAAAAUCCUGAAGAAGUUAAAAAGUGCUGAAAAGCAUAAAGUUUUAUCUGGCAUGACAGUGGGAAGCAUUGUCACUGCAACUCUCAAAGAAAUUCAGAAAGGUGGCUUUCUAUGCCAGCUGGAUGGAAACAUUUCUGCUGUGGUCACAAGAGGUCACUGUCCAGCCCAGCAUGACCAUCAACCGGGCGACAAUGUUGAGGCGGUCAUUCUUCAUGUGGACAUCCCCAGUGAAGUAGUUGAGCUGUCCAUGAAGCAGAAAUUAGUAGCCUUUGCACAGACUUUAGAAAAGAAAAAGUUGGGCAAGAUGGAUGAGUUAAAGGUCAAAGUUGAACUUGUGAAAGAAUGUUUCGCUCUUGCAUCCACAGAUGAGGGCACUCUUAUAUAUCUACCAGUCAAGAAGCAUUACAAUGAUGUUAGAAUUGGUGCAGAUCUUUUGAAAUUUGGACAAACAUGCAAGGUCAAGGUUCACGGAACUGUGGCUGGAAAACCAAUUGCUGAAAUUCUUCAAAAAGGGGGUUCCGAUAAUAAUGAUGAGAACAGAAAAUUCAUCCGUUUUGGACUGAAAGAAAUGGAGGAAAAGGCUGAAGAACACGGCGUUACUAGAGGAAGCAUAGUGGAAGCAGUGAUCCAUUCUGUUAAGGAAGGUCAGGUGAAUGUGGUUGUCAAGGGCUGUAUCCAAGGACGGAUUCAUGUUACUGAAAUAGUGGACGAGGCUCCUCUACAUGGUAAAACUGUUCUCAAUGGAUUCAAGUUAAAGGCAAAGUUGAAAGCACGAGUUAUUGGUUACAGGGAGAUGAAACAGAACAAGAGUCUGAUUCUUACUAAUCAGUUUACUCAACUAGGCCUAGAGCUUAGUAUAAAGCCAAGUAAAAUCAAAGAAGAUUAUGAAGUUCCUGAAAGACAUGUGUCAGCCAAAAAACAAUUGCAUUCAUUUGAGCCUGGUCAAACGGUCACUGUCUUUGUCCAACAGUUUUGCAGCAAUAUUCUUUGGGUACAUGUUACCCCAUAUGUUGGCGGGAAGAUUCAUCGUCUGAACAUCUCCAAGAAGUUGUCGGUAUUGACGGAGCCUGUGAGGCAUUUUAAGAAGUCAGGACAGGCCAUACAAGCAAAGGUUUUAGGUUUAGAUGAUGAAGAGAAGGUGCUACAGCUAACGAUGACAGGAGAAGAAAAGAAGGAAGUAAAGGAAAAAUCAGUAGUAAAUGGGUGUGUAAAAAAGGUGCUAGCCGAUCGGUUGUGUAUUCAAUUACCCUUUGGGUGCUUUGGUAGUGUUUUCAUCACAGAUAUCAGAGAUCACUUUAAAGACCGCCCUCUGGAGGGAUAUAAAGAAGAUCAGUAUGUGAGAUGUGCUGUUUUGGAUGCCAAAGAUAGACAACAUGUGGUGCUGUCACUGCGGCCUUCACGCAUUAGUAAACACAAUGACCCUGGUGCAGAUCAAGAGGUCAUGACCCUUGAUGAUGUCAAGGAAGGAUCGGUGGUCAAAGGAUACGUAUCUGAAUGUAAUGAACAGGCAUUGUUUGUAUGCUUGUCUAGAACGGUGACUGGGACUGUGAAACUUAAUCAGGUAUCAAGUUAUUAUGUUGAAGACUUUGCAUCUGUGUUUCCAGUCGGUACACUUGUAUCAGUCAAAGUUCUCAGGGUGAACAAAGAUAAAGAGAAGGUAUCGCUGUCUAUGCUGCCAAAGGACACGGAGCUGCCAGAUGCAGUACCUGAACAUCUUAGAGGUCAUUUCAAAGUUUCUAAGAAAGAAUCAAGAAAAAGGCAGCGCAAGACGUCUGCUAAUCGAGAAUCCGACGACAGUGGUAUGGAGGAAAAUGAAUCUGAAGAUGAGAUGGUAGCAGCAGCAGCUCCAAGGCUUACUCUGUCAUCUGGGUUUUCCUGGGAUGUGGAUCUGUCUAAACUUGGACAAAUGUCUAAACUAGGUGCUGGUGAUGAUGAGUCUAGCAGUGAAGAGGAAGAUGACGUGCCACCCCAGAAAAGGGCAAAGAAGGAGAAGAAGAAUGAAAAGAAAAAUGAAGAAGCAGAAAUCCAGCGUACUGAGCAGGCUCUGAUGCAGGAAGAUCGUACACCAGAGACAGCUGAAGAUUUCAAUCGGUUGGUUCUUAGCUCACCAAACAGUUCAAUGAUUUGGAUCCGGUACAUGGCUUUCCACCUGCAAAACUCAGAAGCUGAGAAAGCAAGAGCUGUUGCUGAAAGGGCACUGGAAACUAUCAAUUUUAGGGAAGAACAAGAGAAAUUAAACGUGUGGGUAGCCUACCUAAACCUUGAAAAUCUCUAUGGAAAUGAGGAAACCUUAAUCAAGAUUUUUGAGAGAGCUCUGCAGCAGUGUGAACCAAUCAAAGUAUUCCAACAACUUAUUAGCAUUUAUAUUAGAACAGAUAAAAAUGAGGCGGCUGAUCAGCUUUUCGGUACGAUGGUGAAGCGUUUCCGUUCGGAGAAAGAUGUUUGGAUCAACUACGGAUCCUUUUUAAUGCGAAAUGGCAAACAGGACGCUGCGCAUAAGUUGAUGCAGCGUAGUUUCAAGAGCCUUGAAAGCAAACAACAUGUUGAUGUGAUUGUGAAAUUUGCUCAGAUGGAGUUCAAAUGCGGUGAACCGGAACGUGCGAAGACUAUGUUUGACAACGUCCUGUCAAGUUACCCCAAGCGCACAGAUAUUUGGUCAGUCUACCUGGACAUGGUCAUCAAGCAAGGUGACCCUGUAAACACAAGGAACUUGUUUGAGAGAGUCAUCAGCCUGGAGUUGCAGCCUAAAAAGAUCAAAUUCUUUUUCAAACGAUACUUGGAUUAUGAAAAGAAGUUCGGGGAUGAAGGUAGAGUGAAAGCAGUGAAAGCAAAAGCGGUGGGAUACGUUGAGAAAAAGUCAUCAGUUCUUACAUGAGAAAAGAUUGGAAAUAGUCAAUAAAAUUGGAAAGGAAAAUAUUACAAUAUCAUGUCUUUGCCUCAUAAUCAAAACAUUUUAAAAUCUUUCUGCAGUACUUAAUGAUAAUGAUUAUAGUAGGAGGCAACUGUUGAAUCAAGACCAACCCAAGAGCGUGUACAAUGUAAACUACUGAUAAAUACAAAACUAUGACAAAACUAUCAUUCUGAAUUUCGCGAUUUUCGCGCGCCCGUAAUUUUCACCAUCGUUGUUUUAUCGCGAAAAUUAAGGGCGCGUGAAAAUAAAGGGCUUUACAGUAUACGGUAUUUAUACAAAAAGCUCUGUGUUACAACAGACCAUAUAAUUCUGAAUUAAAACCACAAGUUAUGCCAAUACAUUACAAAUUAGAAAAGGUAUGUCUUAAACCGAUUUUAUUUUUUUUGCUAUGUCGGCCUUACCAAGAAGAUUGUUCCCUUUUGUGGAAUGGCUAGCAAAUGCCCUGUGAUCGUAAUUGCGGAGAAAGUAGAAAAAAGUGACACUAAAGCUAAAUCUUAAGGUGUGUGUAGGUACACAUGGUUGCAACAGCUCUCAGGCCAAUGCAUCUCUGUUAAGAAAUUGCUUCUAAACAGGGAGCCAUUGUAGAUGAUUAAGAAGCUAUGAUUUUGUGACAUGUCUUCCAACAGAUAUGCUGAUGUGUUUAACAACCAACCAUUAUAUAACUUUAAUCACAGGUUUAAGACAUUUAUGGAUCUAUGUCAAUCUAAGACCAAGAAAGGCCCAGCAAAAAUACAAAUGGCUGCUGUUAACAUGCCAUCACUGCAAGGCACAUUAAAUUUAGAAUGGUAAAAUAAUGAGGACAAGGACAUCUGUUGCAGACUGCCAAUAUCAGAAGGGUUGACAUUCACCAUUUAUAAAUGUGACCCACCAAAAAUAAUACAAUGUCAUUGCCUAAAAAAGCUGUUUUACUAUAAUUUUGUUUCUAGUGACCAAAGAAUAUUUUGCAGUCAUUUUUGGCUAAGUGUGUAGUAAUGUAAUCAACUUCGUACAUGUAUUAAUAUCAGUUUUCUUUGUCUCCUAGUAUUUCCAGGUUUAUUCACUCAGUCCACUUACUUUGAUAGAAAUUACUACAGUUGUUUUCUGGUACAUUUUGAGUCUCAAUUGCGUUGUAUAAUGCAUCAAACAGUUGAGUAUUCCCAUUACUACACACCGCUUUUAUUGUGUAUAUUUUAUUUUAAACUGCGAGAUCACAAACCCUGUCUAGCGCCCUCUGUGGCUACUAUCAGGUUUGUUGGUACAGUCACAGACGUAGGCCUAUCAUUAGAUUUAAAAUCGGAAACAAGUGCGUAUUUGGCAUAAAAGCUGAAGUAAAAUGUAUCCGUUUUAUCGUAUUUGACAGUACGGAAAUUAAUAAAGAAAUUAACGUUAAAUAUUGUAUACAAGCGUCGGCAUCUAAAUUCAUUGAUUCAAUAGAAGACCUGACUUACUGCCUAUUGAAAAUCCUGUUACUGUAUUCAUGCUAUUGUAGUGAAGUAGUUCGGUGAUUCAGUUUGUCAGAAUAACGAUUGUGGAAGUGCAAUCACUUAAUAGUGAUCUAAAAUGUGUAUUACUUUCCAAGAAACAUCGUACUUGAGCACUUCGUGUUGGUUAUGGUGAUCGUCACGUAUGCUUACAAAUAUCUGCCAAUUCUCUUUAGAAACAAUUCUUACUAUUAUUGCUGAAAAAUAGUGUUUUGGAGUUUCAUUUCAAUCAAUUAAAGGCACAUGUGUCUUACAAAGAGAUGAUGCUCAUUUAAACAAUAAUUAAAACAGAAGGAUGAGAGAUGGAAAACAGUAAAUAAAAUCGUGUACUUUAGAUUUGAAACGUCCAACUGUUUCAAGUAGAAGGCCUACUCUACAGCCUGAUAAGUGAAGUUCAUUCCAUAAGGAACGGCCAACAAAUGGGCUAGCCCCAACGUGUCUUGCCUACGUAGAGAUUCUUGUAAUCGGAUCUAAACGCUUAUAUUUGUCAUGUGUAGUUUUAUAUGUAAGCUUUACAUAUAUUUUGAAUAUGAUUUUUAGACAAUAAAGUUAAAUAAAUACGUAAAUAUAUU